AUGUUGUGCUCGCCUGCGCCAGGGGCGAAGAGUAAGAAACCGCAUCUGCCAUCGUUCCUCACUUCGACGGGGUCGAGGAAGUUGUUCCGCAAGGCGAGGAAGCCAAAGGCUGCGGGCAAAGCUACGAAUUGUUUGAAUUGUGUACAUGAAGGGGAUUGCGAUUACAGUGCGAAGAAGAUCUACUUGGAGCGCCACCUCGAGUCUGGUAAUACAGAUUGGCCGGUCAAGAUUGUGGAUCCUGAGAUUGAGGACAUUUACAAGACGAAUGGGAAGGAGGCGGCGGCAAACCGGCUGUUGCAAGCCCUUGCUGAGGACUAUACCAGUGAGACACCAGCCAGCGACGUCGAGGCCCGGCCAUGGUUCGGGCGCUGCGUCUGGGAGGCAGACAAUGACGUCUGCGAUGAUCAGUAUGUGACCAUUGACUGGGACGACGACCCCAUUGACAAGGACUCCGACGGCUCUCCCCUACUCCAAGGACGAGCUGCAAAGACGGCACAGUUCCACAUGGUCGCCUUCACCGAGAAGAUCUGCGAACGACGAGGUCGGAUCUACGGCACGCAUGGCGAGAUUGAGUACGACAGCACAUGCAUCAAAGUGCACAACUUUGCUACAGGCCACACGGUAACGCACAACCCACACAUAGCCAGUGGAGGCCAUGGCGGAGGAGACGAAGGGCUCGCGAGACAAUUCCUCUUGGCCGUCGACGCUGUCAACUCUGGCACCAUGUCUGCGGCAGAUGCCCAGGGCGAAUUCCUCGGCUGCGACCUCGACGAAGCGUUCCGAAGCCACGCCAUGGUAUUUGCAGCCGAAGAGGCUCGUACAAAGCGGCAGGUGGUCGACUGGAAGAAGUGGUGGAACGUGAAUGUGGAGAUGCAACUACUCCAGGGGAAGUAG